CCAUUUUCGUCUAUUGUUCCGUUUUGCAUGGAUAGUUUCUGUAGCCCGCUCGACUCCUGAAUUCUUGUAGUCGGAUAGGGAUUUUGAUUGAAGGGAAGAUUCAUGGGCGAUGGGGUGUUUUUGCAGCAAGAGCACAGAUUCCAGGACGAGUCGGAUCGGUAGAUGGAAUGCUACAGGAAUCGUAGCCCUAAGGGAUUCCAAACUCAAGGUACUACCUGAUGAAGUUCUUGAGGUGAAUAACAAUGUUCGUACUAUUGAUUUGACAAACAAUAAUAUUUCUGUGCUUCCUCCAGAUAUCAGUAAAUUUGUUCAGUUGCAACGUCUGGUCCUGGCAAAUAAUGUGCUUCAACGCCUCCCAAAUACCCUGCCAAGUCUUAGAUCCUUGAAAAUUCUCACACUUGAUGGAAAUAAGAUUAACACACUGCCGGAUGAAGUGGGUUCCCUUUCCAAGUUAGAACAGCUCUCUGUUUCUGGUAAUUUGUUAACAUGCUUGCCAGAUACAAUUGGGAAGCUACAUAAUUUAUCCCUUCUUAAUGUAUCAAGCAAUAAGUUGAAGUCUCUGCCAGCUUCCAUUGGAAGUUGCACAGCCUUGGAGGAGUUACAGGCAAAUGACAACAAUAUUGAGGAAUUACCUGCAUCACUUUGCAAUCUCAACCACCUGAAGUCUCUCGUGCUGAACAAUAACAGGGUGAAUCAGCUACCUCAGAAUUUGUUGAAGGACUGUAAAUCUCUACAGAAUAUAGCUCUUCAUUGUAAUCCCAUUACAGUGGAUCAGUUCCAGCAGAUGACAGCGUUUGUUGAAUUUGAAGAGAGGAGAAAGAAAAAAUAUGACAAGCAGAUUAAUUCUAAUGUUUUGAUGAAUUCAAAGGGGCUUGAUGAAGGCAUUGACUUGUGAUGAAUAUUUUUCUCUUAAUACAAUAUAAGCUGAGGCAAGCAUUUUACAUAUAUACCACACAAUGGCUAUGAAUUUAUGUAUCUAAUA